UCGGAACCAUGGUUACGAGUGUAAACAGGAGGAGCGCUUCUAAGCUUGUUUCCAUGGUCGAGGGGUUACGGUAGAGUGCGUGUGUAUGUAAAAGUCAUGUCUUUGUCAGUGUUUGUAUCUCAAUCUGAGACGAUGUUCAGUUGCAUUCUAUUUCUCCGUCUGCUGGCUAGAUCUAUGCUACAAAUCACUCUGCUCGACUGAAAAAGUUGUUGAGUAAUGCCACCCGUAAGUAUGGAAGACUUGGAGAUAGAGGAGCUGCUCAAGAGAUACAAGAAAAGAGACUUGGUACAGACGUACUUUUUUAAAAUGGCAUGUCGUGUAUUUGGGCCACCAAAAUCUCGAGACCGGAUUAUAAUCGCGCCCCCAAUGCAUGUCGUCAACAAAGUUCAGAGAGACCCGAUGGGAGGGCUACAGCGCCACACGCCAACUUCACAGAAAACCAGAGACACAGCGGUGAUGUCAGUGGACUCGCCGGUGCAGCAGUUUACCAGUUUUCCAAUUGAAAAUACAAUAGCGAACCAGGAAUGGGUCGGAGAACGGAGAGCAUUUCGUAAAAUUUUGAACGGAAUCGGAAACCUGAGCCAGUGGAUUAACAACAAGCCCACCGUGACCGAGCUGGAGCUGAAGGUGGCGGAGAGGGAGCGGAGUGUCCAUAAAGGAUGUCCUCCGGUCGGCUCUGAGUCCCAGCUGUUACCCGCCGCGAAGCGUUUGGAACCAAUAAUCUGUGAAACUCCGACGCUUCACGUGGGCGCACGAGAUCCGGAGGAGGUGCGGAAGCACCUGCGCGGGCGCGAGACCCUUAUCUUAGAGGUGUGCAACCAGCUGGACACGAGGGGCACCGGGAAAAUAACCCGGCGUGAUCUGCGUGCUGUCUUUGAAAAAACGGGUAUGAAGGUCUCAGAGGAGAGGCUGGAGGCGUUGAUGGGGUGGCUGAGUGCUGAUGGCGUGUGUGUGACGGUGGCGGAGCUGGCUGCAGGUAUCCAGGACUGGACAGAGGAGGGCAGCCACGCACUGGCUCCUCUACACACACUGGCUCCUCUACACACACUGCUGCAGGAGCAACAGGAACGCCACAGGAUUAGGAUUUACCACCAGCAGCGCAGGAAGGGAGGGAUGCUGGAUGAGGAGGUCCUGGCGAUCCUGCGGACCCUGCGGUCAUGUGAUCGGGUGCAGGAUGCCCACUCUGCCCCCUCCUCUCUGGCUGGCCCCAUGGGCCACAUGGUGGACCGCUACCGGCGCCAGGGCUUGGGAGAGUACCUGGACACCCUGGAGCUGAGCCAGAGGCAGGACACACACAUCAGCCAGCGCAGCAUGCAGAGAGUUCUGCUGCACCCGGGAGACCUUCCCCUGCAUGGUUCGGGGGGGCGGAGCCUCAGGCAGGCCGGCAGCAGCCCCAUCUCAGGAUGCGGGGGGCGUCUGCGGGGGGGCGUGGCCAAGGCCAGUGGUCCCUCCUUAAAGGAGGAGAAGGAGGCAGAGAAAGAGGAGAUGGAGGAAGAUGAACCGCCAAAAAAAGUCCACAGGGAAAAGAGAAGACCCUGCUCUCGCCGUGCUAACCCGAGUGCCUUCUGGCCGGGCCGUGAGGAUCAUGUGCGUCUGCACCUGCCCCAGGUGGGCCUGCCUCCUGAACGAGUCCUGUUCCAGCACAUCACACGGAAUCCUGCCCCCAGCCCUGGGGCCUGGCCAAUCAACGCCCAAGGAUACUCCACCUCAGGAGACGUGGAUGCCCACAGAGCUUAUGCUUUGUAGACCAGAGCGGAAGAAUACGUCUUUGGUUGGAAACCUUGCUGGAGGACUGGAGAUUAGGAAUUAUGAUUAAGUUGUUUUCAAAUGCUCUUCCUGUGAUUUUCUGAUGACUAGCACUGUCACUGCAAAUUCAAUUUAAUUUAAUCUGGUCUUAAAUGUUUUAUGUCUCAAAUUA